AUCAGGAUGGUUUUUUUACAUUCUAUUGAACAACAUUAAUAGCUUCAAAGACCAAAAGAUUUUCCUUUUCAAUUGCGCAGAGAUGUCAGAAAUUGGGGCAAAUGAUGAGAGCAGAGAUAGAAGGUCUGAUUUUGAUAACUCUGAGGAUGAGAGGAGGAGAUCCAAAAUUGGGAAUCUGAAAAAGAAGGCCAUAAAUGCAUCCAACAAGUUCACUCAUUCUCUUAAGAAAAGAGGGAAGCGGAAAAUAGAUUACAGGGUCCCUGCUGUAUCUAUUGAGGAUGUAAGGGAUGCAAAAGAGGAGGGUGCCGUUCAUGAGUUGCGUCAAAAGCUUCUCCAUGAGGAUUUGUUGCCACCUAGGCAUGAUGAUUAUCAUACUUUGUUGAGAUUCUUGAAAGCUAGAGAGUUUAAUAUUGAGAAAACAAUCCAGAUGUGGGUAGAGAUGCUUAAAUGGAGUAAAGAGUUUGGAACAGAUACCAUUUUGGAGGAUUUUGAAUUUGAAGAGCUAGAGGAAGUAUUGCAAUACUAUCCCCAAGGGUACCAUGGAGUUGACAAGGAAGGGAGACCUGUUUAUAUUGAGCGGCUAGGAAAAGCCCAUCCAAGUAGGCUUACGAAAAUCACCACCAUAGAUCGAUAUCUGAAGUAUCAUGUCCAAGAGUUUGAGAGAGCUCUAUUGGAGAAAUUCCCUGCUUGUUCAAUUGCUGCAAAGCGACAAAUAUGUUCAACAACUACUAUAUUGGAUGUACAAGGACUGAGCAUGAAGAAUUUUAGCAGGACUGCUGCAAAUCUUUUGGCUGCCAUGAGUAAAAUAGACAACAGUUAUUACCCUGAGACAUUACACAGAAUGUAUGUAGUCAAUGCUGGUCCUGGAUUCAAGAAGAUGCUUUGGCCUGCUGCUCAGAAAUUCCUGGAUGCAAAGACAAUUGGGAAGAUAAAUGUCUUGGAGCCCAAAUCUCUCGGUAGGCUACUCGAGGUCAUCAACUCUAGUCAAUUGCCAGAUUUCUUAGGAGGGUCAUGCAGCUGCUCUACAGAUGGAGGGUGUCUUAGAUCCAAUAAAGGUCCAUGGAAUGAUCCAGAGAUAAUGAAGAUUGUACAUAAUGCGGAGGCAACAUUUGUGAGGCAAAUUACUAGUGUAUCGAAUGACCAGCAUAACUAUGAAUCUUAUAUUCAGAUACGACCACUAAAGGGAAUGACUAGUGACACAUCAGUAGCGGAGUCUGGGUCAGAGAUGGAUGACCAGUGUUCUCCAAUUGGACGAACAAGUUCUGCGUUUUCUUGUUUGUCACCAGUUCGUGAAGAAGUGAGGGUGUCAGAUCCAAAUGCUUAUUAUAGUUGUGAUGAUGGUUUCCCUGUGAUUGAGAAAACUAUAGGAAGUACACAAGGACUGACAUAUUCCCCAUAUCAGUUGCCCAAUUCUAGUAAUGUGGAUAGCCAGUCUCAUGAAAGAGCAUCUUCUCGUUCAGAAGGAACUUCAAUCACACAUUUGUUGGACACUGUUAAGGAAAAGUUUGGGAGAAGGAAUAUUCAUUCUGUGGCAAAAAUUCUAAUAGCUUUAUUGGUUAGACUGGCUGCUUUUAUUCGCACCGUUCAAUUUGAAUCUUGGAGAAGGCCAAACUAUAUUCAUCCUUCCAAUACAAUGGAACCCAACACAAAUAGCCAUUCAAAUUCAACAGUGCUAGAAGCUGUUAAGGAAGAAGACCAUAUCCGUCCUUGUAUUGAGCGUCUUCAGAAACUCGAGAAAGCAUUUGAAGAACUUAGCAACAAGCCUCCUGUUAUUCCCGUAGAAAAGGAGAAAAUGCUCAUGGAAUCUCUGGACCGGAUCAAAUCUGUCGAGUUUGACCUUGACAAAACUAAGCGAGUCCUACAUGCUACAGUAAUGAAGCAACUUGAGAUUGCCGAGUGGCUGGAUAAUAUACGAGCAUCUAAAUAUCGACAACGAAGAUUGUUUUUAUGUGGAGAUUGACAGAUGUUCUAGGCGACGUUGGAUUGAGGCUCUAGGAGUAGGAGGUUGAUGCUGACAAAGUUCAUCUGGGGCC